GCAAGAGGGCCCUAUAUAUAUUGAUAGAAGCUUCCGAUAUUCAAUUAUGUUAGUUUAGAAGCUGAAAGUGGUGAAAAUAUUGAUCUAUGAAAGCUGUUUCCCCGUUGACUUAUGCUAUAUAAAUUUCUUCUCUCGAUAAAAGUGUGUCUUAUCCACCCUCUGCAAGUGUGUAGAACUUAAUAGUGUCACAGAAGAAAUCGCAAGUGUGUGUGUCUGAGGUGAGAGAAAGAGAGAGAGAGAGAAGAGAUGGGUAGAGCUCCUUGUUGUGACAAAGCAAAUGUGAAGAAAGGGCCAUGGAGUCCUGAAGAAGAUGAAAAGCUAAAAGAGUACAUAGACAAACAUGGAAUUGGAGGGAACUGGAUUGCUCUUCCACAAAAAGCUGGUUUGAAAAGAUGUGGGAAAAGUUGCAGACUCAGGUGGCUUAAUUAUCUUAGACCAAACCUUAAGCAUGGAGAGUUUUCUGAAGAUGAAGAUAGAAUAAUCUGCAGCCUCUUUGCUAGCAUUGGAAGCAGGUGGUCAAUAAUAGCAUCUCAGUUGCCAGGAAGGACUGACAAUGAUAUCAAGAACUAUUGGAACACCAAGCUCAAGAAGAAAAUGAUGGGAAUUAUGAACCCCUCAGCACUGAAGAAGCCUCACGAAGUUACCAUGCUUCAAAGCUCAACACCAUCUUCAUCCAACUCCUCAUCUUCAACAUUAUCAUUCAAAACCAACCACAACAACUCUUGCUACCAACCACAAGUGUCCUUCACUGAGUCCAUUUCAUACUCUAGUCUUUUGAGUGGCAAUUCUUCCACUACUUGUGCUUAUUCUUCCACUUUUCAAGCUCAAGAAAGCUCUUUUGGUUUUGGCCCAAUUCAGAAUUGCCAAGUUAGUAGUGGCUUUGUGUUGGGGGGUGAAACAAGUUGUAGCUCUUCUUCUGAUGGGAGCUACAACAACAACAACAAUCAGAUGAGCCAUGUCAAAGAAGCAGAACUUGGGUAUGGUGGCGAUGGAUCUUUUGGCGAGCAUGUAAUAAUAGGUGGUCUUGGUUACCUCUCUAGUGGGGUGGAAGAUUUAGCUACACAAAAGUUGAUGAUGCCCUCCAAUGCUGGUAGGGUAAGUGGGUGGACAGGUGAAGAAAGUAGAUUAUGGGGAGAAAGUGCAUUAGAUUAUGGUCUGGAAGAAAUUAAACAGCUAAUAAGCACUAGUAGUUGCAAUAACUUUAUGUUUGAUGACAGCAAGACAGGGGAAAUGGUCAUGUACUAUUGAUUUGAUGGUGACUGCCUCAAAUCAAGAAUAUUUGAAGGGGGGGAAACAAGGGUAUGGGGAGAACUAGGAGAUUCAGAUUUGGACUUUGGUGUGUGUUUUUUUUGGGAAAGAUAGUGUGUAAUUGGUCCACUUACUUUUGUUACAGUACAUGUUGGAAGUUUCCUUUGUAAUCAUUUAACUGGUGCAGGUAUUAUUAACCCCACCAUAACCAUGAAUGUGUCCAAAAACAAAUGAAUCAUAAAGGAAAUGAGGAAGCCUUUGUAAAGUAGAGUAGCCCUGAAUCCAUCUUCCACCAGAUUUAGAAAGUGGGUUGAUUGCAGCAGCAAUCCACUUCUGUUGUUUAAUAUUAUAUGUAACAAUUUUGUUUUCAAUCAUGCACCUAAAAGCACCUUAACAACCAUGGUUUUAUUGUUGUUUCCCCAA